UACCGCAGCAGCCAGUACUAUCAAUGGUAACCUCAGUGCAAGUUGGUACGAGCGGAUUUAAUAUCGCACUUACAUACUACGCAGUACUUGCAUACUGCGCUAACAUAUUCAGCAAAUUUUUUUGUGAUAAAAAAAUCAACACCUGCUAGACAAUGGAUCCUGUCACAAUAUUAUGUGGCAUUGCGAUCAUAAUUCUCACUUUUUAUUAUUACUCCACGUCAACUUUUGACUUUUGGAAGUCACGUGGUGUUCGUGGUCCACGACCGGUACCGUUUUACGGUACUACCAAGGACGUCUUUUUUUUUAAGAAAAGCAUGAGUGAAUAUUUGACGGAAAAAUAUAAUUACUACAAGGACGAGCCUAUGUUUGGAAUAUUCAUGAGGAGGACACCUAUUCUUGUUGUGAAAGAUCCAGAAUUAAUUAAAGACGUCCUUAUCAAAGAUUUUUCAACGUUUGCCGACAGAGGGUUGACCACUAACGAAAAGGCUGAACCGCUGUCACAACAUCUUUUUAGUUUAGAGUCUAAAAGAUGGCGACCAUUAAGAACGAAAUUGUCGCCCGUUUUUACGUCCGGUAAAUUAAAAGAGAUGUUUUCGUUAAUAUCGAAAUGCGCUGAUCACCUCGAACAGUACACGGAACAACUAGCGCGUAAAAACAAGCCUAUAGAAUGCCGUGAACUCACUGCCAAAUAUACGACUGAUGUAAUUGGUACUUGCGCUUUCGGCAUUGAAAUGAAUGCCAUGGCGGAUGAAGAUAGCGAAUUUCGCAAGAUGGGAAGACAGGUAUUCACUCCGACCUGGAGAAACAUAAUACGCAUGAGAAUUACGCAAGCUGCACCAUGGGUCUGGGAUAUUCUUUGGUACAUUGGUUUGAAUCCGAUGUCAGAAGUCAGUAAAUUUUUUAAGCGCGUUAUCACAGAAACUAUGAGCUAUCGGGAUACAAAUAAUAUUGUUAGACAUGAUUUUAUUGAUAUGCUUCGUGAAUUAAAAAACCAUCCAGAUAAACUAGGCGAUAUCGAAUUGACUGACAAUUUGAUAGCGUCUCAAGCAUUUGUAUUUUUUCUUGCUGGCUUUGAAACCUCAUCGACUACUAUAAGUCACGCGCUUUAUGAGUUAGCAUUAAAUCCGAUAGUGCAAGACAGGUUACGUGAAGAAAUUGAUCAGGAGUAUGCAAAAUGCGGCGGUGAUUUAACAUAUGAAAACAUUAAAAAGAUGAAUUACUUGGAUAAAGUUUUCAAAGAAACUUUACGAAAAUAUCCACCAGUGACAUUUCUCAUGAGACAAUCAUUGGCAGAUUAUACAUUUGAUGGUACCAAAGUUAGCAUACCAAAAGGUCAAAGAGUGUGGAUCCCAAUUUAUUCAAUUCAACGAAAUCCGGACAUUUAUCCAAAACCAGAUGUUUUCGAUCCAGAAAGAUUUAGCGAUGAAAUUGCACAAACCAGGCAUUCAAUGUUUUAUUUACCUUUCGGUGAUGGUCCGAGAAAUUGUAUCGGUGCCCGCUUUGCUGUUUAUCAGACUAAAAUUGGACUUGUAAAGUUAUUACGAAACUGCAAAAUCGAAUCCUGUGAAAAAACGCUAAUACCAUAUCAAAUGGAUCCUAAGGCAUUUCUAUUAGCACCAAAAGGUGGAAUAUACUUGAAAUUAACUAAAAUCGAUCGAAAUUGAUAUAUUUUUUAAAUCGAUUUUCUCAAAAAGUAAUACAUACCUAUGUAGAAGAAUGAAAGCAAUUAUUUGUGAGAAGUAUAUAAUAUUAACAAUUAUCUUGUUUUUACGUAGUUAAUAAUGUAAUCACUAAUGUUAUAUAAUAUGUAAUAUAGAAGUUUGAUAAAUA